UCUGUAGGGGACCUGGGAUCAGACGAUGAUUACCUGGAAAUCCCAUCCAUCUCCAGACAGAGGGCGGGGACGUAUGAAUGCACAGCCGUCAACGAUAUCGACACGGACGUCCAGACUGUGGACAUAACUGUCAACUAUGUUCCAGCUGUGUCAGAGGGCAGAGACGUGGGGGUGACUCUGGGCCAGCGGGGGGUUCUGGAGUGUGAGGCGGACGCUGUGCCCGAGCCAGAGUUUGAGUGGUACAAAGAGGACAGAAGGAUCUACACUGGCAUUGACGGCAUGGAGAUCUUGAACACUGGAUCGUUGUCCAAGCUGACUUUUUUUAACGUGUCUGAUGCAGAUUACGGCAACUACACUUGUGUCGCCACCAACAAACUUGGGAGCUCAAACACAAGCUUCCUUAUGUAUGUGGUAAUUGAACCCACUAGCUCAACGCUAUUGCAAGGACCGAGAGCAGUGCAGGACGGCAGCGGGGGUGCGGCAGGACUCCACCUACACACCUGCCUGCUGGGCCUGGUGUUCCUGCCCUUCCUGCUCAGAUUUUGAAGAGGAAUCGAACUGAACACAAGUAUUUUGUUAUGUGUGUGUGUUAGUGUUUUUCUUUCAUUUUUCAAACGGAACCAUGAACUGAUGCACAUGAAAUAUCCUGCUAAUGUUGACCCAGUUACAAAAGUUUCAGUUUUUUUCAAGGAUGUAACAAAUGUUUGAGAUUUUAAUUGAACCGUGUUGGAAAUGUUCUCUCUAAACUUUAUUAUUCUGGAUUAUUUUUACAUAUAUGUCUGGGAGAAAAGAAAGGGAUUUUUUAAUUGUGUUGUUUCUUGUUCAAAUGGAUUUGUCUUAAUUUCAACUGCAUUGCAUAUUCAUCUUAACUCCGGGAAAAGGCACAUUUACAGCAGGAAUGAGAGGUGAAUGUUAAAUACCUCAAAGUCAAAGUGAGACAGUGAAGCAGAAGGAAUCUAGGUUACCCUGAGGCGGAAAGCCUGCUAUUCUUAUAUUUUAAUGUAUAAUAAUUAAAAUUCAGUCCGGUUGUUGAAACAUAAUUGUUUUUGACCUUCAAGUGUUUUUGUUCUCAGCAUUAUAGUGAUAUACUUGCAGUUGUGUUAUUCUAAUCUUUUAAUUUAAUUCAAUGAUGUUGAGUUUUAAAUAUUUUUGAGAAGGGAAAAUAUGAAGUUGUAAUUAUUUAGGAGAAAUAUCCUAGUUAUAUGUCUGUUUUCUUUUUCUUUUCCAGUACAGUUGUACACACAAAUGGUGAUGAAUAAUUAUGUGAUAAUUAUGUAGUUAAAAAUGGAGAAAGAUUUUGCUCCACUUGUGUGGAGUCGACGUCUUAUUUACAUGAUGCAAACGUAUUAAUGAUGUUGCUACUUGUUUGAACAUAAUGUCAUUUCCACACUACACAGUUAUUUAAAAAUGUUUUUCUGUUUCUGAUCCAAACCAGCACUGUAGGGUCUGUGAGAUCAUGUUAUAGAAAAUAAAACACUUUCUGCAUGUAUUUAGACACCAAUAACCCAAAGACUUUAGCGGUUCACACAGCACCAUAAUUCCUAGGAGUUACGUUUUAUAUUCACAACAUCAAACAAAACACACAGACACGUAUCCCAUAUUUGUCUUUUCACAAACAAGAGGGUAAAUACGUUGUGAUUUAAUAUAGUUUAAACAUGGGGUCAUUUUGGAAAUCUCAAAUGAUAGAUAAAUAUAAACCAAAAUCUACAGCGUGUGGUUUAUGAUUGAAGCUUAUUUGCAUCUGCACCUGGCAUUUCAAGUUAUUUUUAAGAAGAAAAAUAAAAUAAUCGCAGGCCUGCUGUACUGUAGUGAGCCACUUGUUAUAACCAAGAUUAAUCUGAGAGAAAACUGUAACUGUAAAAACAGGAUAUGUGAUCAAACGAGAAACAUAUCUCAUAUUAUAAUGUUUAAUUAUGGAGGGUCAGCAGGCAGCGGACAGAGGACAGAGGACAGACCUCCGGAAACGUUUUUGUUGUGAGCAUGAGGAUUUUAUGCAACAAUCAAGAACCUCUCACGACACAGCAGCAAGAAGUACAGCCAGUGAUUUAUCUUUUCCACUUCUCUUUUGUUUGCUAACAAUACAAUUGAGAUGGACUCAUGUUCCUCCCAGCAGUGGAAAAGAGCCUGACAACAACAUCAAAGCAAGCUUUUGGUGCAAGGCCACUGGUUUCUCUGCAGCUGCCAUUUGUGUUUGUGCUUUCUGUAAGAGCUGCACUCCAUGUCAUUGAACCGUGUGCAAGAGUAAAUGAUUGGUAAGAUUCCAUUAUCACAACAUCCAACACAAAUCAAAUCAAGUUUUAUUUAUAUAGCACAUUUAUAAACAAUUUUUGGUCGAGCCAAAGUGCUGUACAUAUAAUAAAAAUAGCCUACAGUAGAGACACUUUACAUCAAAUGGCACAAUGGCAAAUUAUGCGCUUAUUAAGAAACCACAGCUCUCACUGAGUUUUUCACAUUUCUUUUUUUUAAUCAAUGCAAGACACUGAGCAGACUCAAACGGAGGAGAGAGGGAUUGAAACAUUUACUUUUCCCUCCGGUUUCCCCUGGAUUCCCUCAGCUCCGGUGCGCCCCUCUGAUGUCCUUUAAACGGACUGCUGGGGACGGCACGCUUUGUUUGCUUGUUUUGAAACCAGCCAACAUCCAAAUGAAAAAGGCAUGAAGCAGGGUCGUUACUGAAUCUGAUCAAGGUGAUCAUCUGCUGAAUCUGACAGGUUCAUCACGUUUUUUUUCACAUACAAGACAAUAAUAGGGAGACAGAAACAGUGCAUACUAUUGUCUCCAGCAGAGAGAUGUUUGGAAAUGAUAUGCUCAUCAUUCCAUCUGGGCAUCGCUGAUGUCAGAUUUAUUUUCCCCAAUAUUAACCACAUUUAAGACAAACUGCACCGAAAAGACUGAAAACAUUGACAAAUUACACAUAACUGUAUUAGGUUAGUUGAAAGCAAUAAUAUGAAGUUGAACCUAACAUUUUGUAUUUAAACUUAAUAUUAUUGCUUUUACACAACCCAAUACAAUUAUGUGUCAUUUGUUGACAUAAUGCAUUAGUUAAAGUCAUCGUUUCAGUCUUUUCAGUGUGGCGUCAGACCGCCUCACAAGGAGGUGUGUCGGGAUGCCUUCAGAAACAGUUUGCAUGGAAUUCAUGACUCACAAUCACAGCAUCAUCACUUUUAAUUCACGUUUAAAGUUGAAAAGGAGCCAAAUGUGCUGAAAAUAUAAUAAUUUGCUUAAUAACUUAAAACAAAAACACACGCACGCACACACAAUGACUCUUACUCCAUCACACACCCAUGCCACAGACCCUGGUGGCAUGUUUAUUUCGGCUUUCAUUAUUAUUUAGUACAGCCUAGCAUACGUCUUAAAAACUGGUCAUUUUAAUUUAUUAACUACCUCUUAGCAUCUAAAUAACAACACUGCAAUUCACCUUAAUGAGAUCUGGUCAUGGUGGUGUGUGUGUGUGUGUGUGUGUGUGUGUGUGUGUGUGU